AUGGACGAACCCGCGAUUCCGGAGCCCCCUCCGGUUCCUCAGUCGGAACCUCAGGGGUUCAGUAAAUCCAAUCGAACCUGGACCACACCUGCCGACCUCGAGACCAUGUGGAGUUCUAGUCGCAGCAAUGGACGGGCGUCGAUAUCGUCCGGCUCAGAUAGACCUAAAUCGCAAGCCAGCGAAGCAGCCGAAUCUACCAAGGCAGGUCCCAGUGGAUUCUCCAAGUUGCUCAACGCCCGACGGAGACGAAAGAAGGAGAAGGAGCAGAAGCAGGCCGAGGAGUUGUCGUCAGCACUCGUCUCCGAGAAUGACACUGACAGGUUACAUCGAGGUCCAUCAAAUGAAUCUCGCGAUGGGACAUUGUUGGCGAACGAAAAUUCCCACCCGGCAAGCGAUACUAUGACUCUCUUAACCGAUGAUUCUGAGCCUGACCGGACGCCCCCUCUCACUACCAGAAACUCCCACACCGGCUUUUACACUUCCUCCUCUCCUUUGAUCAAAACGACAUCGAUAGAUCCGAAUGACAUUGAAGACAUGCAGGCGGACGUUGAGUCUGCUGUAAGCGGUCCAAGCGCCACAGCCUCGGAAUCCUUCGCGGAUACAGAACUCUCCAGGCCUGCUACCUCUUCGGGGCCCAUGUUGAGUAUUCCAGAGGAACGCGGCAGUAAAAAGCGCAGUGUCUCUCCAGGUCGUCGAUUAAAGAAUGCGUUUGGCGGCAAUAACGAGAAGAAGGAUUCCAACCGGGAGCGGGCAUCUUCUACCUCAGGCGACAGCAAAAAGAGCGGCGGUCUACUGAGCAGAAGAAACAGUCUUUCGUCAAAACGAAGCCAAACCAUGGCCGCAGAACCCCCUGCGGCCCUGGCUCCAAUUCUUACCAAUGUCGCCGAGGACAAGCCUCUCAACAUCUCCGACCGUCCAAAUCCGCCAAGAACACCUCCGCAUACCGCUAUACCUGCUCCGCAUACCACAGUGACCCCUCCGACUCCAACUAAUGCUCGAUCUGAGUUUCCAAAAUUAUUUUCUUCUCCCGAUAUGACCGAGUCCCCGGAGUCGGUAAAGUCCAGAGACAUGCCGUCGGGUGUCAUCGUAAGCCCGUCUGGAAACAUGAUCUCGCAUCGGCGCGUACGUUCCGCCUCCUCCGCCUCUCACAAGCCUAGUAAACUCUCAAACUCAAUCUCCGCCUUGAGUCCCACUAUCGAAGAAACCAAACCGGCUUCGAGACCCCCCUCCAAUAAUCAGCAGACCGGUUUCUUCUCCUCUGUCUUCUCCGCGGCGCAGAAUGCGGCAUCGACACUGAGCAGCAGCCUCAACCCACAGACCAAGGGACGCACUGCGACGCAACCCGAGAAUCCAGGGCCCGAAGGCUCACAUCCUAACGGGACUGCAGAAGAGUCGAAUGAAUCAAGGUUGGCGGAGGAGAGACCGGUCGGGCAGAGAAAGCCGUCGGCUAUUGAUACGUUAGGUUCCGGAGAUUUGAACUUCAGCCACCUAGAUAUCGAUGCAGCACCUGGAGACGCCGUUUCGACGCCUGACGGGGUAGUGAUCACGAAGCCUGAUAUCCCACCUGAGAAACGUGCCGCAUACUUGCGGGAUUUGGAAGCAGCGAGGCUCGAAGACCGUCACGCUGCACGUGCAGUUCAUAUGGCGUACGAACAGACCUCUGAGCAACCUACCAUCCAGCCGUCCGACGAAGCCCUCGAGUUACAAUCUAGUAUUUCACUUUCGCGCGGAGAGGGCACAGGGGACCAGACCCCUCCCAGUGGCAGUAUCCAUGAUGGAGAAACUGGUACUCGACCUUACCGGAGUGGGAGCGUGCGUAGUCGGCUGGCACAACGGCGUCAUCGGGGCUCUUCCGGAGCGACUACAUCAACUGCUGGCGCCCUUGGUGCGAGUGCAAUUACUUUGGGGGCCCCGGGGGCUAACGCAAGUGUGCCUCGUCUGACAGGCUUUGCUGUAGCAAGCAAAAAGAGAAAUCGGGAAUUCCACCAACUUUUCCGAAGCGUUCCCGAAGAUGACUAUCUAAUCGAAGAUUAUAGCUGCGCCUUGCAGAGAGAGAUCAUUCUGGCGGGUCGUAUCUAUAUCUCUGAGGGCCACAUCUGCUUCUCGAGCAAUAUCUUAGGAUGGGUCACCACUCUCGUUAUCAGCUUUGACGAAAUCGUUGCUAUCGAAAAAGAAUCGACCGCAAUGGUGUUUCCGAACGCGAUAGCCAUCCAAACAUUACACGCUCGCCACACAUUCAGAAGUUUGUUGAGUCGAGAGUCCACGUACGAUCUGAUGGUGAACAUUUGGAAGAUCAACCACCCCGCUCUUAAGAGCUCCGUGAAUGGAACCAGAGUAGCACACGGAACCGGUGACAAGACCGAAAAGGCUGGCGAGAGCGAAGUUGAAAGUGAUGACGAUGAUGAAGACGAAAUCUACGACGAAGAUGAGGAUGGCGACAAUGCUGAUAGUGUCUUCGGGGCCGGAGGAGCCAGCGCGAAUGCAAGUGAAAGAUCACUCCCGACUAAAGGGCUGAGUCGACAAGCAUCCGGGGUUCUCUCGCCUGCUAACGGUAUGGCACCGGCACCGGCGGUCAAUUCCAACGGCGAGUCGAAAACGAGCAAGUUGGCUCCAAAUGGUGAGGCAGAUGCGGAUUUCCCUGGACCGGCAACUCACGCACCAACGGAAUACACCGAACCCAAUGGGCAGUACGAUAAACUCAUCAAAGACGAAGUCAUCCCUGCCCCGCUUGGUAAAGUCUACUCCUAUGUCUUUGGACCGGCCUCGGGGGCUUUCAUCCCCAAGUUCCUCGUUGAAAACCAGAAAUCCGGAGAGCUUCAGUUUGAAAGUGACAAGAAAGGCCUUACCAAUGAUAGUAAAACGCGAAACUACUCAUACAUCAAACCGCUCAAUGGUUCCAUUGGCCCCAAGCAAACCAAGUGCAUCAGCACUGAAACCUUAGAUUUCUUGGACCUGGAGAAGGCUGUGCUGGUGACACUAUCGACUCAGACUCCUGAUGUCCCUAGUGGAAAUGUCUUCUGCACCAAAACCAAAUAUCUCUUCACAUGGGCUUCGGGAAACCAGACGCGAUUUUUGAUGACUUGCACCAUUGAGUGGUCAGGCAAGAGUUGGCUGAAAGGUCCUAUUGAGAAGGGCGCUAUAGAUGGCCAAACCACAUUUGGGAACGAGCUUGUUGCUGCUCUGAAAGCCGCUGUUACCUCUCGUGGCCGUGGCGCGGGCGCCACCAAGGCCGGAAGUAAAGGAAAAGGUAAACGCAAGAAGACCGAUUCCGCCUCAGACGACGCGGCUUCUGCAGCUGCCAAGGCCUCUCAGAAUGCCAGUGCGGCGCAGGCCAAAUCAUGGGGAAUUCUGGAGCCGGUUCAUGGGGUGCUUGGCCCUGUUGCAGAUAUUCUCCAGCCACUUUGGAAUGGUAAUAUUGCUGUUGUCGUCAUUGGCAUUCUGCUCUUCAUGGUCUUCUUCCGAACCCCAUCGCAGCCAUCACGAGGAUCGCAUGAUAUAGGCUGUCCCGGUUAUUCGUUACCUCAACGCCUGGCGGCUUACGAGGAGAUGUGGCGAAGGGAGGAGAGCGAACUUUGGAGCUGGUUAGAAGACCGUGUAGGUAUGGAUGGUAGGGCCUUUCCCGUGGCCAGUAAAGCACCCGAGUCUCAGAUGCGUCAGACGUCGCAGCAGUUCCGCAACAAGCUCCGCGACGAGAAGAUGUCCGAUCGUGAGAUGAAUCAUGCGAUCAAGACGACUCGCGAGCGCCUGGACACCCUUGAAGGGAUUCUGAACCGACGGGACUCGCAAAUCGUUGCUGACACCAAGACGCUUCACCAAGAGCUGUGA